AUGGGCGUGCCCUGGAGCGCGUUGCGGCGCCGGAUCUCCACCCGAACCCAUAUCCUGAUCGACAGUCACCAGCUGAUCGACGGCAUCCUCGAGGCGGAGGCGUCGACCAACUCGAUCGGCACUACCAAGCGCGGCAUCGGCCCGUGCUACGCGUCCAAGUCCAUCAGGAACGGCCUGCGCUUCGGCGACCUGCUGCACUUCGACAAGUUUGAGGAGCGCCUGCGGGAGCUCAUCAAGUGGUCUCAGAAGCGGUACGGCGAGCCCAGCCCGAACGACCAGGAGUCGCAGUUGCUGCUUCGCAAGUGCCUGCGGGAGUACAACACGCAGCAGGCCUUCGAUCCGGGCAACACCCCCGGCAAGAGGGGCGGCGUCGCCAGCGUCGACGAGGAGGUGGAGCGCUACAGAGGUUACGCGAAGCUGCUGCGAAACCAGAUCGUCGACUCGGUCACCUUCAUCCACGAGGACAUCUCCCGCGGCAGCAGGGUCCUAGUGGAGGGCGCGAACGCCGCCCUCCUCGACAUCGACUUCGGCACCUACCCCUUCGUGACGUCCUCCAACACGACGAUCGGGGGCGUGUGCACUGGCCUCGGGGUCCCCCCGCGGGUGAUCGACAACAUCGUCGGCGUCGUCAAGGCCUACACGACGCGCGUGGGGCACGGGCCCUUCCCCACCGAGCUGCAGAACGAGGAGAGGGAGGCGGAGGAGGAGGAGGAGGAGGAGGAGGAGGAGGAGGAGGAGGAGGAGGAGGAGGACGCCGCUGUCGUGGUGGAGCUGGUCGCUUUGGCCGUUCAGGUAAAGGUGGGCGAGAUGCUGCAGGAGGUCGGGCACGAGUACGGGACCACGACCGGCCGGCGGCGGCGGUGCGGCUGGCUCGACGUUCCGCUGGUGAAGUACUCGUCCAUGAUCAACGGCUUCCACAGCAUCAGUAUAACCAAGCUGGACGUGCUCACUGGUCUCAAGCAGGUCCGGGUGGCGGUGGCUUACAGGAACGCCGACAUGACGGAGGUGAGACUCCCCUCGGGCUACUUCCCGUCGCACCUCAAUGACCUUCAGAAGGUCGUUUGUGAAUACGAGACGCUGGACGGCUGGUCGGCGGACAUCGCCAAGUGCAGGAAGUUCACCGACUUGCCCCCCGAGGCUCAGCGCUACGUGCUCCGGGUCCAGGAACUCGUCGGCGUGCCCGUGUCCUCCGUGGGAGUGGGACCGGACAGGAACGACUUCUUCAUGCUGCAGCCCAGUGACUAUGAGUAG